ACCAGCUUAUUGACAACUUUUGACUUUAUAGAUGAAGACACAGUCCAACAAACAUGUAUCUGUCUGUUCUAGUGCGUUAGGUUGCGUUAGGAGAAACUAACUCAUUCAGCAUGAGUCAAUGUUAACUAACAACUUCUGAAACAAAACAAAAAUGGGAGAUUCGAAGGUAGAAACAAUUUCCCGAUUAGCUCAAUGGAAAAUCGACAACUUUGGUCCAUGUUCUUACAAGAAAUCAGACCCUUUCAAACUUGGUAUUUGGAACUGGUAUUUGUCGAUAGAGAGAAACAGGUAUUUGUAUAUUCAUCUAUUUCCUGAACCUUCGCGUGUUUCUAAGGAACAGCCUCCUAUUGCUCGUUUCAUUCUUCGUGUUUCCAAUACUGCUUCUUCUUCUUCUUCCUCCCGCAAAUUUUACAUUUCUCCUGUUCAUGAAAGGGUGCUUAGAACCUGUGAUGACUUUGUCUGGCCUGUGGAUACUACAUUCCUUGGUCGCUUGAUUAUUGAUGUUGAAUUUCUUGACCUCAAGAUCUAUCCUCUGAAUGGUGGAGAAGCCAGUUCCAUAUGGCCAUCUGAUGGAAAACUGCAUUCUGUUGCAACUCAAAACACUCUCCGAUGCCUCUCUCGUAUGCUUGAUGAAGCUAUACAUGCUGACCUCACCAUUAUAACUGCAGAUGGUACACUUAAGGCUCAUAAAGCAGUUAUGUCCGCAACCUCUCCUGUAUUUCAGGCCUCGUAUCACAACAGCAGCGAAGACAAGGAGUCGUCUACAAUCCACAUAGAAGACAUGUCACAAGAAUCCUGCACGGCCCUUCUGAGAUACAUGUAUGGAACAAUAAAACCCGAAGAUUUCUGGAAGCACAGGCUGGCAUUGCUUGGAGCAGCCAAUAAAUACGACAUCGGUGAUCUCAAAGACGCAUGCGAGGAAAGCCUACUUGAAGAUCUUAACUCGGGAAAUGUUCUCGAGAGGCUUAAUGAGGCUUGGUUGUACCAGCUGCACAAGUUGAAGAAAGGAUGCUUCGCAUUCUUAUUUGAUUUCGGUAAGAUAUAUGAUGUUAGAGAUGAAAUAAAUACGUUUUUUCGUCAUGCAGACAGGGAGCUCAUGCUGGAGAUGUUUCAAGAAGUGCUUACGAUUUGGAAAUAGGUUAUGUCAUUGUACUAUAUAGGCACACUCUUGUAUCUUGUAGUAUGAUAUGGAUUCGUGGGUAUAAUCAUGUUUUUACUUUGUACUUCCUCCGGUCCUAUUUACAAGAGAAAAUUGACUUUUUAGAUACAUUCAAUAAUGUAUGUAUCUAGUCAUGAACCUAAACCAAAUACAUAAAUUAUUUAAUGUAUCUAAAAAGUAAAUUGUCUCUUGUAAAUAGGACCAGAGGGAGUAUUAUAGUACUGGAUUGUAUUAUUCUGUAGAUAGUACUGUUCAGUCUCUCAACAACCUGUCUGUUAAGAUGUCAAAUGUGUUGUUAUUUAGUUAUAUAAGUGGCAAGUUGAUUUUGGUUGGUUUAUA